UGAUACACCGAGCCGCCGAGGAAUGGUGGGCGCGUCGACCUCCCCUACAUCCUAUCCGCCUCUCGUUCCGGUCGUCGCGAACGGUGAUGUGGGGCGCGGGGAUGCACAAGCGACCUCCCCGGGUGGCCGUGUCCGGGGCCGUAACAUGCAUUGGCCCGUGCCAGGCGCAGGCGCAACGCAUCAAUCAGCCCAAUGUGGAGGAACCUCCACCUGCACCGGUCUCAACUUGAAUUGUCUCAACUUGAAUUGUCACAACUGCCAUGCUCUCCUCAGGCCAGCUGUACGCCCGCGCAGCCGCAUUUGCCGCCCUCUCCGUCGGCGCUCUUGCCCUCGCCGCAACGUACCUCUACUGUCCGAGCGGAGCAUUAUGCGCCGACACGCACUACAAGUAUCUCGUACCGAUCCUCAUCCCGGUCACUGCGUGGUUUGCCAUCGCUAACUGGGUCGGGUGGACAUACUUCCGUUUCGCCUAGCGAGGUCUUCGCACCAUCUAGAAGUGACUCAAGUUGAGCGACGAAGCGAGUCAACAAAGGCGUGCACCAUGGCUUUCAAAUGCUACCUUCAUCCGCUGCGCCCUCCAGUAACGCCGACGGACCUUCAUCUCCCCCAAUCUCGCAGCGACCGUUGCGAGUCCGCCUAUAUGACAACAUGACACCGGUUGUCUACUCGGUCUAGACUCUAGACGGGACAGAUGGUGCCACUGACGAUGGCACGCUUUCCAGAGCAGACCGUAGAUCUCACACGUCAAUCGUGUCCCGACAUGCGCAUCCUCUGUUCGGGCCGCGCUCCAAGUACACACUGCGUAAAUGAUCCUAGUAUAAUAGAUACACGAUCUAAGCGACUAGUCUACCUUA